AUGAUACUAGAUUUGAGAUGGAACAACACGGGUUCAUGUUAUGGUAACAGUUUGAAGGCUCAAGCAUUAAAGAAAAGUUGCGAUUGCUCAUGUAAAAUUGUGCAUCAUACUCGAAUACAAACUUGUUGUCGUCGUGUUGGUCAAAAGGAAAUGGCAUUCUGUUUACCAUUAUGCGGGUAUAAUACAACUGUACAAGAAUUAAGUACGGGUCUUGGCUACAAAUGUGUAUCUCAAUUAACAACUUGGGCAUAUUGUGCCGCUGAUGCUAAUGACAAUACUGAAUGUUGCAGAAAUAAAGGUGUACACAAGGAUUGCCUUAGUUUUUGUAAGGGCGAUGUUCCAACUUGUGACCUACAAAGUAUUCUGUCAUAUCAGCCAUGUCUAAAGGAUAUUGAAAAUAUUAUUAAAUGUCAGAUGGAGAAUCUCAGCGCGAAACCAAGGUACGACCCGGAUUGGAGUGCUCGUUGUGAAUGGGAUGGUAGCGAUGAUGAAUGA